GCAGACACGAAUAGAAUGGAACACACCAUCACCACACGCUUGGUGUCCCCUUUAACACAAUACCAUAUCACACACAGGUACAGACAGUCACAUACACGCUGCUGCUACCACAGUGGGCCAUAAAGACAAUUGUGUCAAUAAAGUUUAUUCAAAUAAACAACUGGACGUCACACCACAAUGGCGGCCAGCACAACAGUGACAGUUCUGACUCCCAAUGGAAGAAGACAAACCGUAAAAAUAUUGCCAAACACACCUUUGCUACAGGUCCUCGAAGACGUCUGCAAGAAACAUGGAAUUAAUCCUGACGACCACGGUUUAAAAUUUCAGAGGAACGUUCUGGACCUGUCGCUCCAGUGGAGGUUUGCCAGCGUGCCAAACAAUGCCAAGCUGGAGGUGGUGCCCAGCACCCGGAAACAGACAGGGACCGACAGCCCGGUGCGUAUUGCCCUGCAGAUGGAAGAUGGUACCAGACUCCAGGGUUCUUUCUCCAGUGGACAGACACUAUGGGAGCUGCUCACACACUUUCCCCAGACCAGAGCGUCUGAGUUGUCUGAAUCAGGUUCCACUCCUGUCUGUGUUUACAUGAGAGAUGAGGUGAGUGGUGAGGCAGCUCUAAAGAAGGCCAGUCUGAAGUCUCUGGGACUCACAGGAGGAAGUGCCAUAGUCAGGUUUUUACUGAAGAAGACCAAAUCGCCAGGCAACGGAGACGAUGAGGGCAUGGAGGCGGCUUCCACGGCGACAGAUCCCGUCGCCAAGGAAACCAAGCCCCGCCCUUUACCCUCCGUCGGACUGCCUCCCUCACAACCAGAACGUGCAGCGCUGCCUUCAAUCAAAAAGGAGAGCCCUGAUAGGCUGGUUGAGACUGCGGAUGCCCCCGUCCCCUCAGCCGCUGACAGCACACUUCCUGGCAAACAGGAAGCGGAAGUGGUUUCAAACUCCCAAAUUGUGGUGCGGCCUAAAAGCAGUCCCUUCGGGGGAGUGAAGAGGGAGGAAGAGGGGGAUGGAGAGAGGGCAGGACCAUCUGGUCAGUGCUCCGUCCAUCCUUCCUCCUCCUCUUCCUCUCCUCCCUCUGCUCCCUUCAUCCCUUUCUCUGGAGGGGGUCAGAGGCUGGGGGGGCCGGGGGCGAGCGGUGUAGGAGCAUCAUCAUCAUCACUACCAUCAAUGGUUGGCGGGCCGCCCAAAGCCAAGAAAUCUAAACCCAGCAACACCAAGCGCCAAGCCAGUGCCAAACCGGAUGACUGGGCCGUGGUAGAGGAGGUUCUGCAGCCAGUGGACAGGGAACCCCUGAUCUACCACAUGGACUCUGGGGCGCGUCGCUGCGGCAACCAACAGGACUUGCCAGACGAGUUCUUUGAGGUGACUGUGGACGACAUCCGCAAACGCUUCGCUCAGCUGAAGAGUGAGAGGAGGGUACUAGAGGAGGCUCCUCUGAUGACUAAAGCUCUGAGAGAAUCUCAGAUGAAGGAUAAGAUGGACAGAUACCCCCGAGUAGUUCUGAGGGUCCAGUUCCCUGACAGACGUGUUCUACAGGGAUUCUUCAGACCUCUAGAGACAGUUGCUGCUCUGAGGCACUUUGUGAAGAGCCACCUGCAGGACCCCCAACUACCCUUCUACCUGUUCAUCGCUCCUCCUAAAACCAUUCUGGAGGACCCAACAGCCACCCUCUUCCAGGCUGACCUGUUCCCUGCUGCCCUGGUCUACUUUGGCUCUGACGUCAAGACAGGUCCGUCUCCCGUUACCUGGGUUGGAUUUAAACAUGUUGACUUGGAUGAGAUGGUUCUGGUGGUGGUUCUGAUGUGGUCUCUCUCCACAGAGAGUUACCUAGAGAGACAUCUCCUGGAGUCCAGUGUCUCGGCCCUACAAGCAGACGAGGCCAUUGCUGGCUGUAUGCCCAGGUCUUCGCCCCCCUCCUCCUCCUUCUCUUCCAUGGUAACAGAGGAGCCCCUUCCAGACCCCCCCGCGGGGACCAGGGAGAUGGAGCAGGAGGAGCCUAACACACACAGCCAGGCCCCCAAACCAGUCAGGACGGACACCGGCAAGGUCCCCAAGUGGCUCAAACUGCCAGGUAAGAAAUGAGGAUUGUGAUCAGAUGACUACGGCUACCAUAGAGGGACAUAUAGAACAGAGCGGACGCCCCAACACACUGUUCCUCCUACCUUUUUAACAUGAAAUUCCAGGCUCAAAGUGGAUUGUGAUGUAUUCAAACCCAUUGUGAAUCCAGUGUGCACUUCAAAUAGUUUUACAAGAGUUCAAAAACAUGAAACGAAGUAAUAAAGGAAUAUAAAAUA